CUUUUUCUUGCCUCUUUUAGCAGCUCGAGUUGAAUGUGUGCCACCGCCCUUCUGUUCUGCACACAGGUCCGUUCAGCUGGUGGAGGAGCUGCAGGGGUCAACGCUGCUCAGGACGGAUUUGCCUCCGUGUGUCUUUAGGACGGGCUGUGAGCUGCAGUGGAGUGACUCUGGGACGCUGAGCUGACUUUGCGAUGGGGGACGUGAUUUCCAGCCACCUGGAUAAAUCCAAGCGCGAGCUGAUUUCAGCUCAUACUGGAAAUGUGAUGGGAGAGUUUGACCGUUUGUACGAGCAGCAGUAUGCAGUGGCUCUCUUCAACAAAAUCCGCUUUGACAUAGAAGGAGUAGGUGGCCCACAACCUCAAAUGCUCCACCGCAAGGUUCCCCUGGAGAACAAGUCCAUCUUCUCUGGCUCCCUCACUCAGUACCUGGAGGAGAACAAGAAAUGGAGAAACCACUUUGUCUUUAUCUCAGAUUCCUACAACAUCGACUAUUAUGACAACAAAGCGUCCCAUGAUAGAUGCCACAUUCCCAAAGGAACCAUCAAUUGUGCAGGCUACAAAGUGCUGACAUCGAUGGAGCAAUAUUUGGAUCUGAUAAGCAACAGCCUGCCUGGUGUGAAAGCGAAGGUGGGAAGUUCACCCUUCCUAAAGUGUGCCACGGAGUUUCCUCUGAUCCUGUGGCACCCUUACGCCUGUCACUAUUUCUUCUGUGUGUUGACCGAGAAAGAGCAGCAGAAAUGGCAUGCAGUCCUCCAGGACUGUGUCAGACACUCCAACAAUGGUUUGUCAGAGGAAAAUAAAGUCCAGACAUCAGCCUUCACUGAUGCAGUGCGACUCUACCGCCAAACUCAAGGGCACUACGGCACAUGGGAGAUGAUGUGUGGUGUGCCAUCACAGAUCCUGUCUAACUUGGUGAUGGAGGGCCUCCUCCCUGAGCUGAGGGAUCUCAUCUCCCCCCGCCUCAAAGGCAAACUGCACGAUAGGCAGAGGAGCUGGAUGUUGAUCAGUGAUGCAGUGUACAGCUUGGUGCAAAGGCAAUGCCAGGACCAAUAUGAGGCAGUGUUGCAGAAAUGUGAUGCAGCCCACUCUUCUCUAGAGACCUCCAUACGAACAGACAUGGACCAGAUCAUCACCUCCAAGGAGCACAUCACCAACAAGAUUAGAGAGGUGGUUCUCCCCAAGGCUGAGAAGCUGCUGAAGGUGAGUAUCAAGCCUUACAUUAGCUCCAUCCUGGAAGCCCUGAUGGAACCAACGAGCAGAGGCUUCUUUGAGGUCCGGGACGUUUUCUUCAGAGAGCUGUUGGACAUGAGCAAGAACACCCUGAAUGAGGGCACAAAGGAAACUGUGGCACAGCACAUGGAGAAGAUCUUCAUGCUGGCCUUCCAUCCAGUGAAGAUGCAGAGCUGCUAUGAGAAGAUGGAGAGGUUGAGUUUAGAGGGUCUGCAGCAGAGGUUUGACGUCUCCAGCCCCUCAGUAUUCAUCCAGAGAGCCCAGAUUCUCAUGAGAGAGCAAAUGGACAAUGUAGCCUAUACGUUUGAACAGAUCUUUCACCAGAGUUUGGAGUCUCAGGGUACUGAGGAUCUCUGUAAGACCAUUCAGCGCUGCCAGGAUAGAGUCAUUAAGAAAUUUGACUAUGACAGCAGCACAGUAAGAAAGCGUUUCUUCCGUGAGGCUCUGCUACAGAUCUUCAUCCCCUACAUGCUGAAACAGUUGAGCCCUUCCUGUGCCUCUGAGCUGCCGCGGUUCCAAGAACUUAUCUUUGAGGACUUUUCUCGCUUCAUCCUGGUGGAGAACAUCUUUGAGGCAGUGGUACUGCACUCUGUGAUGAAGGACAUCAUGAUGGCUGUGAAAGAGGCUGCAGUCCAGAGGAAACACAACCUGUAUAGGGACAGCAUUUGCCUCAGCAACAGCGACCCCAACCUGCACUUACUGGGAGAAAACCCCAUCGACUGGGCCGCAAAGUAUGCACGAGCCCGGGAGCAGAAUGACGGAGCAGGAGAGGACAUCGAGGAUGACAGUGAUGCCAAAUAUGGGGAAUCUCAGAAAAGGAGGAUAAAGCAAGUGGUGUCCAUGAUCCAGGUGGAGGACUCAGUUGUCCUCCCUAGCGAGCUAUGCUUGGAGGUAUCCAGUGUUGAUGACAUUCCAGAGAAGGAUAAAGAUGAGGAGGAGGAUGUAGAUAAAACGGCUCCCUCUGAGCAAAAUGAAUCUGCAGUUCCCAAAGUGUUAGAAAACACUCAAGACCUGUCAAAUGGCUCUAUCUUGAAGGAAGAGGAAGCCACACCAGAUCAGAAAGAAGGCAUCCUGCUGAAGGAUGAAUCAACGACAGAAGGUGCUUCAGCUGUAAAAGAGGGAGAUGAGGGAGCAGACAGCCAGCUGGUGGAGGAGGAGCAGUCCUCCUCUAACCCAGAGUCGGUAGAGGCAUUGCCACCAACUCUGCAGGAAAUCCCUUCCGGAACUACAGAGACUGCUUCAGUCUGCCCUCGAGAGGCAACACCUGACUCUCCCCCAUUUCUACAUGACAGCCAUAACCAGUUUCCCACUGGUGAAGUGGUGAUGGAGGAGGAGGAGGAGGUGGUCUCUUGCACAGCUGCCCCACAGCCAACUAACCUGAGGUAAAGGAAACAAAUGCAGCCGCAGCACCAGAGGCUAAACUUAUGACUCUGAGACCAGAGAUGAUAUGAUUUCAGUUUUUCUGAUCUAACCUGAAACUUGCCUUCUUUUGUUUUUAUUUUUUACAUUAAAGGACAUUUUAUGGUCUUUGACCAAAUCAGUUUUUCCACAGUAGAUCACUCGGCUAAUUUUUUUCGCUAAGAAAGGCUCAGUUGCAGUCCCCAUUUUAGUUUUCACAACUCUGCAUGUGACAAAAAGACUUCGGCUUUUGAUCCCACAAUCCACCUACCUUCUAUUCACCUGGUGGAAAUAUGAGCACAGUGGAGAACCUUGAGUUCAUAAGGGUGUGUUAUAUAUGUGUGACAUGUUGUAAGAACACCCUUGUUUGAGUGUCUUUGGUGAAAUGCAUGUUGAUUCAGCUCGUAAGUCUGUCUUGAUUGGCUAGUGGGCGACCUGCAGCAAUUAGAUUUUUUUUCUGACUGUAUUUGGUGUAAAAACAAACCAAACAAACAAAAAAAAAAAACAGUUUGUGUUAUUUGAAACUUACUAAGGUUAACACACUUGGCUAAUCUCAAACCAAGUGUGACAACAAAAAAUCCAGUUUCUUAUCGGACCUAAUUAGUCAUUAGAAAAUGUUUUCCAGAAUGUGGAAAAAAGUCUGAAAGUUUUUUUUUUUUCUUGUCAAACUGGCAUAUAAUUAAUUGUCUCAUUGAACACAUACAUCUCAAGACUUGACAAUUUCUUUUGUGUUAUUUGGAAUUGCAUAAUUGUAUAUGAGUUUAUUCCGUAACAAAGAAAGCGUGUGUGUAUUAUAUAUAAAUGCUUGUAUGAACCAAUAAACUACCAAACUGUCAUUUUGCAUAAUUUUUUUUAUAAUUUCUUCAGUGCCUUAGCUGAUUCCUCACUUCCUGUUUUAUUUAUUAUUUUGCACCCUUCUAUUUUUUGAUUGAUAUUCUUUUAGAUUUAUUUUACUCUUCUGUGAUGUAAAUGACUGUUACUGAUAAUAAAUCAAUGAUUACAUAAA